AUGCCUCCCAAAGCCGCCAAGAGCGAGUACAUCGAGACCGACACGGGAAACAAGAUCUCGCGCCGCUCCCAAAUCCACGGCACACAGCACAUUAUCCUCGGCGGAAAGACGGUCAUUCAAGCGGAAGCUGUCAUCCGCGGUGACCUUUAUCGUCUUCCCUCCACAGCCGUCUCUACAGACCCAAACAACCCGCCUCAGCAACCCAAUACCCCCAGCGUCGCUAUCACGGUCGGUCGGUACAGUUAUAUCUCCAAAAGCGUGGUUCUUCGCCCGCCGAGCAGGUUACAUCGUGGUGUGCACUCAUUCUAUCCGCUGAAAAUUGGUGACCAUGUCUUUGUGGGUGAGUCGGCUGUCGUGGAAGCCGCGUCGCUUGGGAACCAUGUUCAUGUUGGAGCGGGCGCGACAAUCGGGAGUAUGGCCAUUGUGAAGGAUUUUUCGGUUGUUUUAGAAGGCGCCGUUGUUCCGCCUGGUAUGGUUGUGCCUAGUUGGUGCGUUGUUGGGGGACGACCGGCGCGCAUUGUUGGUGAGGUGGGCGAGGGUUAUGGGGUUGAAGGAGCGGAGGGUGGAUUGGCUAGGGAAAGGUAUCGGCUUGUUGGACGCCCGUGA